AUGGAUCCAAACCAUUGCUUUCUUCUGAACUUGGACGUGGACCAUUCCAUGUACUGCAACGUCUCCAAUCACAGUGUGGAUCUCCCCAUGAAUGGAGACUGGUUACACCCAGGGAUCCUCUAUAUUAUUCCUGCAAUUUAUGGGGCUAUCAUCCUGAUAGGCCUCAUUGGUAACAUCACUCUGAUCAAGAUCUUCUGCACAGUCAAGUCCAUGCGAAAUGUGCCAAACCUAUUCAUCUCCAGUCUGGCUUUGGGAGACCUGCUCCUCCUGGUAACGUGUGCUCCUGUGGAUGCCAGUAGGUACCUGGCUGACAGAUGGCUAUUUGGCAGGAUUGGCUGCAAGCUGAUCCCCUUUAUACAGCUUACUUCCGUGGGGGUAUCUGUCUUCACACUUACAGCCCUUUCGGCAGACAGGUACAAAGCUAUUGUCCGACCAAUGGAUAUCCAGGCAUCGCAUGCCCUAAUGAAGAUUUGCCUGAAAGCUGCCUUGAUCUGGAUCAUCUCCAUGCUGCUGGCCAUCCCAGAGGCUGUGUUUUCUGAUCUCCAUCCCUUCCAUGAGGAAAGCACCAAUCAGACCUUCAUUAGCUGUGCUCCAUACCCACAUUCUAAUGAACUGCACCCUAAAAUCCACUCUAUGGCUUCCUUUCUGGUCUUCUACAUCAUCCCGCUGUCAAUCAUCUCUGUCUACUACUACUUCAUUGCCAAAAACCUGAUCCAGAGUGCUUACAAUCUUCCCGUGGAAGGGAAUAUACAUGUCAAGAAGCAGAUUGAAUCCCGGAAGCGACUUGCCAAGACAGUGCUGGUGUUUGUGGGUCUCUUUGCCUUCUGCUGGCUCCCCAAUCACGUCAUCUACCUGUACCGCUCCUACCACUACUCUGAGGUAGACACCUCCAUGCUCCACUUUGUCACCAGUAUCUGUGCCCGCCUCCUGGCCUUCACCAACUCCUGCGUGAACCCCUUUGCUCUCUACCUGCUGAGCAAGAGUUUCAGGAAACAGUUCAACACCCAGCUCCUCUGCUGCCGGCCAGGCCUUAUGAACCGUUCCCAUAGCACUGGCAGAAGCACCACCUGCAUGACCUCUUUCAAAAGCACCAAUCCCUCUGCGGUCACCUUCAGCCUCAUCAAUGGAAAUAUCUGCCAUGAGGGGUAUGUGUAG